AUGGUGUUCCCUGGAAGGCUUAGCACCGGCUGCUAUGUAUGCCGGAGGCGUAAAGUUAAGUGUGAUGGGGCUCGACCAGCAUGCCGUCGCUGUGUCACACAGGGAAGGCAGUGCACGGGUUAUCCAGAUGCCUUCGCCUUUCGUGAAUACAAAGCCACGAAAGGACCUCAAACAGGCAAGGCAGUAGCCAGGAAACGAGGCAAAAAGACGGCAGACGGCGAACAGCCCUCGAGUGGUUCAGCAUCACCGUCUGCAGCAGUAUCAGACCAGGAUGGAACUGACACACAAAAGUCUCCGUGUGAAGGUCAUCUUGCGUUUCUUCCUGAGCUAUAUCAAGAGAAAGGGAACGACCCUUCCCUGAGACAUGCUAUCCUUAGCGUAUCCUACCUCUCGUUAUUCAACACCGCUCGCGUGAAUGAGCUUUAUGUGAAUGCUAGGAAGCACUAUGGCGUGGCCUUGAAAUCUCUCACAGCGUCACUCAGCAACAAGGAGACCUCGACUCAAGACGAGACGUUUGCAGCUGCACUUUUCCUGAGUAUGUUCAUGGACCUAAGCGGCGAGAGACAGGGGGCAGUAAAUCCUCACAUCCCUGGAAUCUGCUCCCUAAUGCAUCUUCGGGGCAGGCCGCAGCGCAGUAGCAAAUAUGCCCGCAAGCUGUUCGGUUGGGCAUUCACUCAAAUAGUAAGUCGACCCACUGUAAUCACAGUACCGAUUGUUGACCGAGACCCUGCGUUGCAGCAAAUACAAGCGGUAGCCAAUAAUCAGUUUGCGUAUGCCUGCUUGCCAGCGUCUAUCAACAUGGCGUACAAUCCCGACUACGUGCUACGCUCGGGCAUUAUCACCAGUAUGAUCUCCGGGUUCUGUCAGGGGGCCAGCGAGUUCCGAAGAACCGAACACAACUAUCCACCCACCGCCAGGGCCCGGUUACUGCAUUCCCUGCUAGGACGGGCGUACUUCAUUAUGGAGCAAAUCAGCAUCUGGGACGAAGCAGUCCCUCAGCAUUGGAAACGACAAUUCGCCACGCCGGCUAUGGGCCAUUUGAAUCAUGCAGAGCAGGCUGCUUCACGAGAUCCAUGGACCCCCUGCUUUUUGGCCGUUGUCCAGGCCGCCCAAAUCCUCUAUUUCAUCCACGUGUUCGAGUGCUGGGAGAAGUUCGUUCCACUCGCAUCUGCGAUAAAGGAUGAGCAUCUUGAAAAUUUCCCUGUAGAAACAUUCAGCGGGAUAGACGAUCGGAUCAGGGGCCUGAUAGACGUGAUUUGCAACACUGUGACUUGCACGUUAGGACAUAUCACCCCGAAGCAUGAAUUCCAGCUGCACCCCAACAGCAAGCUGGCGAAUGGAUACACGCUUCUAUGGCCGAUGUGGGUGGUUGUAAAUUCUGGACUUGCGACACCAGAUCAAUUGGACCUCUGCCGGCUUGCUCUCGAGUGUGUUGGUUCCACCAUGGGUUACCGGCUGGCCUCUGUCCUGUGCGCGGAUGGUAGACCGGAAGAACCUCGUUCGAGCAUACUUGAGCAAUCCCCAAUGACUCGCAGCCUCACCGUUGUACAAUAA